UCUCCCCGUUUCAGGUUGGUUUCACUCAGCAGAAGAAGGUAUUACCACACAUAUAUAGGAAAAUAAGGUAUUUCCACACAUAUAUAGGAAAAUAAGGUAUUUCCACACAUAUAUAGGAAAAUAAGGUAUUUCUACACAUAUAGGAAAAUAAGGUAUUACCGGUAUGCAGAUCUGCAGGGAUGCAUGUUUAUUUACAAUAUGGCUCGUUUACCUUACGUUUGAGGUUGAAACUACUCAAGCGCAAUGUUCCAAACCCAAAGGAGGGAGCCACAUGAGCCUGUCAGGAGACUACAUUACCCAAGAGACUUUCCCGGCGGGGUCGAAAGUCGUUUUCAAGUGUGACGUUGGUUAUGUCGGAUUUGCGAUGACCAUCACCUGUCUCGGUGAAACCUGGAAAAAUGUGACAUCUACCUGCCGGAGGAUAUCCUGUGGCUCCCCUGGAGAAGUGAUGAAUGGCAGGUAUGACCUCACAGAGGGGGUGGAGUUUGGAGCCAGAGUAACAGCCCAGUGUGACAAAGGACAUUACAUUGUGGGUUCCAAAGUACGGAAUUGCAUGGUAGCAGGCUGGUCUGGCAGAGUCCCUAUCUGUGAAGUGGUGAAGUGUGGAGCGCCUCCUGCUGUUGCCAAUGGAAAUCUGUUGCACCGAGCUGAAGAGUCGUAUGCCUACAGAGAGGUGGUGGAGUAUCAGUGUGACAGGCAACUGACUCUGGAUGGACCCAGGUUCUUACACUGCUCUGAAACAGGGCAGUUUGAGCCAUAUCCACCUAAAUGUAUCGACAUAACUUGUCCAACACCUAAAAUCGAUAAAGCUUUCCGCGUAGAGGGACAUAUGCCUCCAUACAAAUACAAGUCUUUCAUCAGAUAUGAAUGUGAAAAAGGAUAUGAAAUGGAAGGUGAAUCAGGUCUUACCUGUGAAAAAGACAGCCGCUGGUCACCAUCAUACCCAACAUGCAAAGGUAAGAUGCAUUGUGCACACACCAUUCAAUAGGUAUGUCUUGUCUAA